AUGGAAGAAAAGGAGCCUCCUGAACGCGCAAAUUUGUCGAGUCCUUCUACGUCCCAUACGGCGUCUGGAGUAUUCGCUCACUUCCAGCCAUACGCACGAUCCAAGGGGCCCGUUCUUGCUCUGGGGACAUUAUUCGCAGCCUCAGCUGUUAUUCCAUCCACUGUCCUUCGUCCAAAUGUUUACUUUCCUCCAUAUCUCCAUCGAGUUGGCUUCUCCCUCGUUUUUGGCGGCGCCGCGUAUGUCCUAGCGGCUGGUGACGCAAGGAAUGGCAGCGGAAUAGCUACCGCUUGGUCAUUGACAUACCUCUUCUUGCAUCUGCGACGGUCUCUAAAACCACCAUUUUAUCCAAUGACACUCGCAAUGACGGGAGGUACAGCUGCGUGUGCAGCUUUGUACGGUACAGAAUACUUCAUGUACCAGACCUAA